CGGAUGUAAUCUGAGCCGGGUGAAUCGGCCGGACGUGACGUGUCCUUCUUGUUGGAAAGGCGGAAGUUAACAAAGGCGGUGUGUUUACAUUGGGACAAGCAGCAGUGAUGUUGGCGGGGAAGCAGCGGUACCAGGACAUCAGCCCUGUCACUCUGCAGCUGGUGGCCGGGGUUGUGAGCUCCAGCCUGUACUGCGGGGAGGUGGAGGGUCUGUCGGGGGGGCUGGUGGAGUCCUUUAUGGUGGAGCUUUAUCGCUGUAAACUUUGUCAGUUCACCUGCGGCCUGAAGGCCUCUAUCAGCAGCCACUUGCAGGUCAGGCACCGCCUCCAAGCGCUCACAUACCUGGGGGAGGGCCACGGAGGGGGAGGGGCCGGCGACAGAGAGGAAGCGGGGCUCCGGCAGGGGGCGUCGCCCUAUCACUCGCAGAGCAACGAAGACGAAGACUUCCUGCUCUACAACAUGCUGGAUAACAUGAGCCCGCCCACCUGUGACAUUGGCAGCGAAGGCGUGCUUCAAGUUGCACACACCUGUGAGGUCAACACUCUGUUCGAGGAGUCGUCCUCCAUGUUCCCCCCGCAGGAGGCUUCUGUGGACCCGUCUUCUUCUGUAGACCCUCGUGCCUCCCAGGAGGAGAUGGCGCAGUCCGCUCACCUCAUGACUUUGGGUCUGUGUCGCAUCUCGGCUGCCAAACCCCCUCAUCCUGCUCCCGCCUGCUCCUCCUCAACACCCCCUCGCCCCCCGGCCGAGGACCCCUCCUCCACACCCCCCCGCCCUCCGGCCGAGGACCCCUCCUCCAGCCUGAAACGGAGCGCCGCAGGCCCCCAGCGGACGAGGCUGCCCUGUCCCCUGUGUCCUGUGGUGCUGGCGUCCAGGCGCCUGCUGGACGUCCACGUCCGGUCCCACCGCGCGGCCGGCCACUUCGGCUGCGUCUGCUGCAGCCGCACGGCCGACAGCUGGGAGGAGCUGGAGCUCCACUGGAGGAGCCACCGCCGGAGGAGGAGGGACGGGAGGGAGAAAGCGGCGGCGUCCCGUCGGUUCGCCUGUCCCGCCUGUCGGAGGACGUUCAGCAGCGCCGCCCUGCGUAAAGCUCACCAACAAACGCACAACGCUUGUGGUCGGCGUCGCCACUUCAACUCAGGUGGAUGGAGGAGCUGCCCGACUGGACGAGCAGGACAGACAGAUUGUCCCGACAGCUAUAAUACUAUUAAAAUCCUCCAGCGGACCCCAAACCAGUAUCAGUGUGUGUCGGCUCCCAGUCACACCAGCACACUCCACCCUGGUUCUCUGCCCAGCUUCAGUGAGAAGAGGAAGAAGAGCAGGAGAGACGAAGGAGAAGAGAAGAAGAAGAGCAACGAGACGGGUUUCUGUUGCUCUAUUUGUCACAGGAAGUUCUCCUCCAAGUUGACUCUGAGACGUCACCUGGGAACUCAUGAAGGAGAGAAGCCCUUCAGCUGUCCUCACUGCUCCUACAGCAGCAGGCUGAAGGCCUCACUGCAGCAACACCUGAGGACUCACACAGGUGAGAAGCCGUACAGGUGUACUGAGUGUUCCUAUGCAUCGAUAGAUCGCAGCUCUCUGCUGAGACACAGAAGAACUCACAGUCAGGAGAAACCGUACAGCUGCCAACACUGUGACUACAGCAGUAUCCAAAAGAAGAGUUUGGAUCUACAUGCUCGGCGACAUCACACCGGUGAGGCGUUUCCAUGCCAACAGUGUGAUUACUCAAGUCCGGACCGUCAGCUGCUGAUAAGACAUGUCAGCAGACACCACACCUGUGACCUCACAGAUGAUCAAGCACUUUGAUUGGACUAUCUGUUGUGGGGGAGCUUCUCCUCCAUUAAAAGGUGUAUUGGUUAUUUACUGGAUUUUUACAUGUAAUUAAACUGUUGCAAAUCAAAACGUUUCUGUUAUCCAUCUGAACGUUAUCCAUUACGUUUCUACACAUGGCU